CUUUUUCGUUUUAUUUUUUACUAUUACUAAAUUGAAUAAUUACAUUCUUAAUUAACGUUGUAGAUGUCGGAUAAACAUUCAAUGGGGAAGGCUGAGAAGCGUAAGAUAUGCGAUCCAACAGUUGGAGCUUGGAAGAUUAUGCGGAAAAUGGGUUACGAGGAAGGUCAAGGUUUAGGUAUUAAUGCUCAGGGUGCAGUGGAACCGGUUGCAAUGAGUAAACAGAAAGGUCGAAGUGGUCUUGGUCUAGGUAGUAAAUCUGACGAACAACAACAACAGCAAUCGGAAGCAUAUUCACCAGGAGAGAUCUAUCAAUCUAAAGAUCCAAAUUUAGUUUGGUAUGAAGGAAGAGAUGAAGCCUCUGCGGAUAAUGAUCUAAUCUGGACAUGGUCAAUUCAUGAUAAGCCGGAGGUGUGCACUGUUUCGCAUUUGAAGUCUAUCCUAAUUUCUCCGAGUGAUCCUGAAGCUUUAGGUCCACCUAUUAAAGAAAUGAGUAAUCAAGAUAAAUUUUGUUCAUCAAAACUUGUUGGUGAAAUGCUGGCUUAUAAGAAUCAGUUGGAUCAUUUAUCGAAGACAAAGGUGACUGAAAGUCAUGAACGAUGUAAUCCCUAUGAAAUGAUUAAGAAAGGCAUUUUUAUGAAUCGAGCAGCAAUGAAAAUGGCCAAUAUCGAUUCAAUAUUUAAUGGUAUGUUUACAAGCGCUGCACCUAGAAAGGAUAUAUUAUAUUUUGCUGAUGUAUGUGCAGGACCUGGUGGUUUCUCAGAGUACACUUUAUGGCGUCGAUGUAAUUCUCCAUAUCCUUCUAUUCAUCAUUCGAUGAAAAAAUCUACUCAUAAGCCUGUCAAUAACACUACUGACAAAUGCAACAAUGAAAAUAAUCCCAGUGAUGAUGAUGAUUCUUAUGAUUGUCGAGUUGAAACUGAUAAUGUUGUUAAUGUCAAUGCCGAACAGAAUAUAUUAUCAUCAGGAACAAUGGCAGGUGACACAACAGAUGACGACAGUGAUUACGAAGAUGUGGAUGGUGAUGGUCGUGAUGAUGAUGUUGAUGCCGGCAAUGUGUUGUUAGGGAAUCAUAAAAUCAAAAAACAACACCAAUAUCCAUUGUUAUCAGCGAAAGGAUUUGGUUUAACCUUGACUGGUUCAUGUGAUUUUCGUCUGAAUGACUUUCAUGCUGGUCCUCAGGAGGCUUUUAUGCCACAUUAUGGGGUAACACGUGAUGGUGAUAUUACAAAAUGGGUGAAUUUAGCAUCAUUCGCUUCAUUUAUUGGUCGUAGUACAAACGGCGCUGGUGUACAUAUUCUAAUGGCUGAUGGGGGUUUUGAUGUAUCCAGUCAGUAUAAUUUACAAGAAGUCUUAUCAAAACAGAUUUAUUUAUGCCAGUGUUUAUGUGCACUAAUCAAUUUAAGACCAGGUGGACAUUUUCUAACAAAACUAUUCGAUACAUUUACUGAAUUCACUGCUGGUCUCAUCUAUGUAAUGGGACAUUUAUUUGAAGAGAUUUCUAUUAUAAAACCUGUUACAAGUAGACCAGCUAAUUCUGAAAGAUAUCUAGUGUGCAAAAGUUUACGAUCACCGCUGUCUACAAUGGCUGGUUGUAUACCACCACCGGCUAAAUUGUCUACAAUGACUAAUUUAAACAAUGAUAAUUUUGAUCAAAAGUCAAAUUUUCGUCAGAAACCGCGUCGAUUUCCAGGUCAUCAACAGCAAGUGCCACAUACAACAACAACACCAACGACAACGAAUACCUCUAAUCAUGAUGGCCAAGAGUUGAAUAGAAAAUUUGGUGUAUUAACUGAUAUUGAAAAGUCCGGUCCACUUGGUUUAGUUAUUGAACACUUUUUACAAGUCAAUGAAGCAUUAAACAACAACAACAAUAAGAAUAUGAAUGGCGCUUCAAUAAAUUCUGAAAUUGAUGUAUUAAAACUAUGCCAUAGUGGGAAAAUUGAAUCAGAUGAACAGUUUUUAGAAUUUAUGCAUACUGUGAAUGAAGGGAUUGCUGAACACCAGUGUAUUGCUUUGUCGAAGUUGAUCGCCUUUUCACAUGACCACAAUUUAAUUGAAGAAAGACAAAUUGGAUUGCAUAAAUUGUGUUUAGAAAAAUGGAAGGUCCCAGUUACAGAACGUCGACAAAUCCCUUGGCCUCUGCUGUCCAAAAAUCGAUCAGAUGUUAUUCAUGGUUUAUUAGGCGAUAAAGAGAAGUUUACACCGCUGAAUAUGCUACCAUCUGAUUAUCGUCCAAAUAUUCGUUUAACGCCGUUUACUAAAGCACAUUUAAAUAAUUUGGAUAGUUUAAAUGGUAGUCGAAUUGCUCUAAUCUGUGGUAAUCCAUCAUUGAUGUCAACCUCUGAACCGGCUAAAUCAAUGUUUAUUUAUUCACGUGGAAGUGGAGCUAUGGAUAUAUUUUGUACAACAGACGGCGAUCAAUGGGAGAGACUGGAUCAAGUACUGCCUAGAUUGAAACCUCGUCUACCGCCUGGUACUUUGGUUUGGGGACAACCAGUUAAUGAAUACGCUGUAAAGAGUGGAUUACGCAAACCUGCACUGUUCAUUUAUGAUGUUGUGUGCAUAUAUGGGAGAGAUUGUCGUAAUUUACCUUACAAAACGAGAAUGAAGUUGGCUGAACAAAUGACAAGUAUAAUUAAUUUUCCUGAUAUGGAUUCAUCAAAUGUUCGUGUUCCUCCACUUUUAAAAUUAUCUGAACUUGGUGAUUAUAAGAAAAAACUGCCGAUUCUCCCGUGUAAAGAUUCUCCAGUACCUGUGCCAAUGCAUCGUCUCCCUGAUGGUUUCACAUUUCAACCGAAUUCUGUCUUGUUAGUUCAACAUAUGAGAGGUACGGUAUUUGCAUCCUACCAACUCUGUGAACAGGUGUUCAUUGAUUUUAGAUCAGAAUACAUGUAAUGCCUACGAUUUCCGAAAGGUGUUCAACAUCUAAGAUGCAAGUCUCAAGCAAGUAUUCUCUUCCUAUCGUUGUUUUCAUUUUCAUCAAUUGAGUCUUCAUUUGAUGAUUGUUGCAUGUAUGUUUGUGUGUAUGUGCUUUUCUUUGAAUACAGAGAAUUGGAUAGAAGCAAUCAGUCGAAGUACAGGGAAGUUGUACUACUUCAAUCGAUCCACUUCAGAGUCGACUUUCAAUUUACCCAAAAGUGAACAACUUACAUUCACGGAAACACAGUAUACAAAAUUGCCGUGGAAAUCAGAGCAAAUGUUGUAUUGUCCAGAUGUGACUACUGUUAUCGAUCAUUUCAAGAGAAUGCCGAAUUUAUAUUAAUGUCUACCACUUGACAUUGGUUCUUUCUUUCUUUGUCUUUCUCCCAAGUGUUUUGACUGGUUUGUACAAACUGUUUCGUCCAGCCAGCAUCAUCAUCGUCAUCAUCAUUUCUACUCUUCAUAUUUGUAAUAAUAAUAGAAUGAUAUCAUUAA